AUGAGGUUUGUGCAAUAUGUGCAACUUUUGUUGGCCCUCAAGGAGCAACCUAGGAAAUCAAAUAAGGGAAAGGAAAAGAAGAAAAGGAGAAAGGAGGAACAGGCAAAGCUGGCAGCCUCCUUCACUAUUGUGGAGGCAGCAAAUAAGCAAGAAGACCCAAUGGCAACAAUGACUCCAUUCAAGAAAUAUGAAAGGAAUGGGCUGAAUCUGGUCAUUGAGUGUAAAAAGGUGGCUGAGUUGGACAAGGAUACAGUGGACUGGGCCUUCUCCAUCACUAAGAGUAACAUGCAAACAUUGUAUGAGGAGAGUAACUGGGGCUGGAAUGAUCGUCUGAAAAAAGAGGAGCUGACAGAAGACAAGGCCUGGUACCUGGUGGCCAGGAACCAGGAGGGCCAGCCUGUUGCUUUCUCACACUUCAGGUUCGACAUGGAUGAGGACGAGGAAGUUCUGUAUUGCUAUGAAAUCCAACUGACAAAGCCAGCACAGAAAAAAGGACUUGGGAAGUUUAUGAUGCAGAUUCUUCAGCUCCUGGCAAACAAGGCCCAAAUGCUGAAGGUGAUGGUCACAGUCUUCAAAAUGAACACAGAAUCCAGGGACUUCUUCCUCAAGGGACUGAAGUUUGAGCUGGAUGAGACAGACCCAGGUCUGUGUGACCCCAUGGAAGCAGACGAGUACUGCUAUGAGAUCCUCAGCAAGAAGACGAUUCUCGGAGCCAAGAAGCAGCAGGAAGGGACCCACUGCUGCUCAGGUGGACCACACAACCACCCUCACUGAUGACUACAUGGCUGAGAUUUACAUACAUGUAUCUGCAUCUUAAAUAAUACUCCUUAGACUAAACUAUGGUUAUCACAUCAUUAUUGCUACAAUUGGAAUUGAAGAUGCCCAGCAAGUGCAUCUUUGUAGUACUGCAUGUGUCUUCUAACCACUAUAAUUAGUUUGUGUUGGUUACACUAGUGAAGCGGGGAUACAUUAUUUUUGUAGGACAUUGUAUACAUAUUAGGAAGAUGUAUGGCAACACUGAAUUGUGUAUAUUGGGAAUUGCAGAAGUAAAAAUGCCAGACCUAUACUUAUUAACUAUCUCAACAUUGAUCUCAAAGUUUACAUACUCAUGUACUGUAUGGUUUCCUGAUCAUAUUUUCAAGAUGAACUUGGCUUAUAUUUAUACAUACUUGGCUUUGUUGGCGUAUCAGUGUAACAUACCCCUGGCAAUUGAAAUCAGUAGUCCUUUCCAACACCAGCAAUGCAAGGAAAGGUCAAAAAAUGUAGACCUGCCUAGGUACCCAGUGGCAGACCAGAUGCUGACACAUUGCUCCCCACAAUUCCUGCUCUUGGGGCAUUAUGGUGUCCUGCCCAUGUGUGAAUGUAGAAGUACUGCUGAGGUAAAAUAUACUUAACAGUUUGGAAGUGUGCUGACAUUGAGGUGAAAAUUUUUAAUACAAGUGGACCAAUUAUUUCCAACUUUUGUCCUAUCAAGGCUGGGAAAGUAGUAGAAAUCAUGCUGAAUAAAUUGUGGGUAUCACCCCAACUAUACGUUCUU